AUGUUUAUCGGGGCAACAAACCUAAGUGGGAACAAGAGAAGGCAUCGGAUAGAUGUCCAAAAAGAAAUAUCCAACGGUGAUUUGUUGUUGGGUCCCGGAGAGGAUUUCUUGACUAUGGCGAUAGCACCGGAGCACCCUGGUCAUACUAGGGCGGUGGGACAUGAUAUUGGCUUAAGAAAAGGGAUGCAAGGACUUGACAAAAAAAAAAAGAGGAAGGUUGUGGACAAAGAAGUUGUUAGUAAGAUGCAGGUCCAGUUAGAUGAAGCUAUGACCGAAUUGGCAGAGUUAAGAACAUUGUUUGCGAUGCAAAAGUCUAGGAACCAAGUCCCAAAUAAUGUAUGCUUCAGUGUUCAAAACAAUAGGUCUGGCUCGACGUCAACAUUGGAUGCUUUAGAUACGAUAAAGGUUAUGAUAGACAACAUUGAUGAAAGAUAUAAAGGUAUUCCUGUUCCUGUGAUGACAAAUGAAGUUGGUAUCCUAGAAGAUGCAGUUGGCACUGUAAUUCAAUGGCCACAGAUCGCAAAUUGUUUUGUUAUUUACUAG